AUGAAUAUGAAAAAGAUGAAAGUUCCGAAUGUUCCCGGUGGUGGUGCUGCUUCUGCACUGAUGAAAUUGGGAGUUAUUGGUGGAAUUGGUUUGUAUGUUGCUGGGAAUAGUCUUUACAAUGUUGAAGGAGGUCACCGAGCUAUUGUUUUCAACCGUCUUGUUGGUGUUAAAGACAAGGUUUAUCCUGAAGGGACACAUUUUGUUAUUCCGUGGUUUGAGAGGUCAGUCAUCUAUGAUGUUCGUUUGCAUCCCCAUCUAGUCGUGAUCUCCAGAUGGUUCAAUGGAAUUCCAGAGGUCAACCAAUCAAGCAUAAUAGCAAGACUUUUGCUAGUUUCAUUGGUGUCACAGUUCGUCGGUUAG